AGGGUUGGGGUUGUGAGAGCGGCGCGGCGCAGAGUGCUGGCGGGCUUCGCUGAGACGCCGAGCAGACUUCGCGGUCGCCAGGUUAUGGGCUAGCUGCCUGAAGCCAUGACCCUCGCAGUCUGUCCCUCGGUCUCAGCCUCGGGCGUCUGAUACCCCACACAGACGCGCGCAGCUGCCUAAGAGGCGGCUACUGCCCCCUCAUCGCCCUUGGCGCCUUAUCACACUCUCUUCCCCAGAGCUGGGAGCAGCGCGGGCAGCCGGCGCCCCCGUGCAAACUGGGGGUGUCUGCUGGAGCAGCCCCCGCCGCCGCCACUGCUGCCCCGGGCUCUGGCCAUGGCCUGGCGGGGCGCAGGGCCGAGCGUCCCGGGGGCACCCGGAGGUGUCGGGCUCAGUCUGGGGCUGCUGCUGCAGUUGCUCCUACUGCUGGGGCGGGCACGGAGUUUCGGGGACGAGGAGGAGCGGCGUUGCGACCCCAUCCGCAUCUCCAUGUGCCAGAACCUCGGCUACAACGUGACCAAGAUGCCCAACCUGGUGGGGCACGAGCUGCAGACGGACGCCGAGCUCCAACUGACAACUUUCACGCCGCUGAUUCAGUACGGCUGCUCCAGCCAGCUGCAGUUCUUCCUUUGUUCGGUUUAUGUGCCAAUGUGCACAGAGAAGAUCAACAUCCCCAUUGGCCCAUGUGGCGGUAUGUGUCUUUCCGUCAAGAGACGCUGUGAACCGGUCCUGAAGGAAUUUGGAUUUGCCUGGCCAGAGAGCCUAAAUUGCAGCAAAUUCCCACCACAGAACGACCACAAUCACAUGUGCAUGGAAGGGCCAGGUGACGAAGAGGUGCCCUUACCUCACAAAACCCCUGUACAGCCUGGGGAGGAGUGUCACUCCGUGGGAACCAAUUCAGAUCAGUAUAUUUGGGUGAAAAGGAGCCUGAACUGCGUUCUUAAGUGUGGCUACGAUGCUGGUUUAUACAGCCGCUCAGCCAAGGAGUUCACUGAUACCUGGAUGGCGGUGUGGGCCAGCCUGUGCUUCAUCUCCACUGCCUUCACCGUGCUGACCUUUCUGAUUGAUUCUUCCAGGUUUUCUUACCCUGAGCGCCCCAUCAUAUUUCUCAGUAUGUGCUAUAAUAUUUAUAGCAUUGCUUAUAUUGUCAGGCUGACUGUAGGCCGGGAAAGGAUAUCCUGCGAUUUUGAAGAGGCAGCAGAACCCGUUCUUAUCCAAGAAGGACUUAAGAACACAGGAUGUGCAAUAAUUUUCUUGCUGAUGUACUUUUUUGGAAUGGCCAGCUCCAUUUGGUGGGUUAUUCUGACACUCACUUGGUUUUUGGCAGCAGGACUCAAAUGGGGUCAUGAAGCCAUUGAAAUGCACAGCUCUUAUUUCCACAUUGCAGCCUGGGCCAUCCCAGCAGUGAAGACUAUUGUCAUCUUGAUUAUGAGAUUGGUGGAUGCCGAUGAACUGACUGGCCUGUGCUAUGUUGGGAAUCAAAACCUUGAUGCCCUCACUGGCUUUGUGGUGGCCCCUCUCUUCACUUAUUUGGUGAUUGGAACUUUGUUCAUUGCUGCAGGUUUGGUGGCCUUAUUCAAAAUUCGGUCAAAUCUUCAAAAGGAUGGGACAAAGACAGACAAAUUGGAAAGACUGAUGGUCAAGAUUGGGGUCUUCUCAGUACUGUAUACUGUUCCUGCAACCUGUGUGAUUGCCUGUUAUUUCUAUGAAAUUUCUAAUUGGGCAAUCUUUCGGUAUUCUGCAGAUGACUCCAAUAUGGCUGUUGAAAUGUUGAAAAUUUUUAUGUCUUUGCUUGUGGGCAUCACUUCAGGCAUGUGGAUCUGGUCUGCCAAAACGCUUCACACGUGGCAGAAGUGUUCCAACAGAUUGGUGAAUUCUGGGAAGGUAAAGAGAGAGAAGAGAGGGAAUGGUUGGGUGAAGCCUGGGAAAGGCAAUGAAACUGUGGUGUAAGGCUUAGCCAGCCUCCACACUUUCUUCAUCUUGAAGUGGGGUUGUCAGCAUUUCUGUGGAAGUGCAACUAAAAGUUUUAUGUGGUGAAUCUCAGUUUGAACAAACUAGCAACACUUAAGAGAUCCCCAUCAACCCACCACCCCUCACCCCCCACCCCAGCAUCAUAAAAAGCAGUGAUCUUGCUGCAGACUUUGAAAUUAUCCAAAAUGGAAAAGCCAGUUAGAGGCUUGCAAUGCUGUGAAAAAUCAAGAUGUUGAUCACUUUAGCAGGUUGCAGCUUGGAGCAUGGAGGUCCUGCCUAGAUCCAAAAAGUCCAGGGUGAUGCUGUUUUUCUCUACUGGGUGGGAUUUGAGUGUGAGUUGGUAACUUGCAGGGAGAAAGAUUAAUUUUUAAAUCCUUUUAAAUUCUAAAUACUAACUAGGUCUUUCAGAUAGCAAAGUGAUCUAUAAACACUGGAAAUGCUGGGUUCAGAGAAGUGUUACAAGAGUUUUAUAGUUUGGCUGAUCUAACAUAAACAUCUGUGGUGCACUGUCUUCUGUUUAGAACUUUGUAGAUUGCACUCCCAAGAGGUGGUGUCAAAAUCUUCCAGUGCCUUUGUCAUAAAACAGAAUUGUUUGAACAAACAAAAGUACUGAACUAACACACACAAGGUAUCCAGUGGAUUUUUCUUCUCUUUCUCUCUUUAAAUUUCAACAUCUCUGUUCUAGGCUGCUGCUGUUUUCUUCGUUUUACACUAAUGACCCCCCAAAAGUUAUUUUUAUAGAAUAUUUGCACUGCAGCAUGCCUAAUGAGGAGAAAAGGAAGGGUGAUUCACGUUCUGACAAUCACUUAAUUCAGACGAAAAAUGAGAUUUACUAGGUUGACUUACCUUAGCAACCCCAGAGACCUCUUGCAUUGAGCAAUGGGGACUUAAUAUAUUUUUACUUUGUGUGAUUGCAUCUGUGCAGACGCCAGUCUGGAAGAGCUAAAAUGUUAAAUUUCUUGGCAACUUUGCAUUCACACAGAUUAACUGUGUAAUUUGUGUGUGUCAAUUACAAUUAAAAGCGCAUUCUUGGACCAUGA